GCCACUCUGAGAGGAAGGCGGAUGCUCAUUGGCGGAGAAAGGAAAGAAGGGGCGUGUCUCUGCGCCUGCCUCUCCGCUUCUCUCGGGCCCCGCCCCUCUGUGGGUCUCCUGCCCGCGGCCGCCAUGUUUCUUGAGGGCGGAAGUGCAGCGAGAGGCGGGAAGACUUGGGGGGAGGGGCCGGGCGGCGCUCUUUCCUGUCAGAAGGAAGGAAGGAAGGAAGGAGGAGGCCUUUCGGAGAGAGAGAGAGAGAGAGAGAGAGAGAGAGAGAGAGAGAGGAGGAGUAUUUAUACCCCGCCCUUCUCGCCCCGAAGGGGACUCAGAGCGGCUUACAGAACACGCAUACGGCAAACAUUCAGUGCCUGAUUCUACAAUUAACAAGGACAGACAACGCAGACACAGGUAACCUCUAAACGAACCUUAUGAAGAAAACAUUGCCCUUUGCCUUACGUCUGAAAGGAAAGUACGCAGGAUUAACAAGAACAAGAAAUAAAUUGGAGAAAUUAUAUUUCAAGCUACAUACCUUUGAAUGUAAGGAAAGGAAGGAUUGUGCUGUAAAAAGAGGGGUUGGUAAAGAGAAAAUAAGGCUACAGCAAUACAGAGACUGGGAAGAGGAAAUGUCCUAUUCAGGAGUCCAUAUCUGUGAACUUCAGGCAUAAUAUUAGAAUAAUAAAUGUUAAAAAAUGGAAAAUUCAUUGUCAAAAUCACACACAGGGGAGAAGGGACAUAAUUGUAAGGACUGUGGGAAAUGUUUCAUUGAGAGAAGUUCUCUUGCUAAACAUCAACGAACUCACACAGGAGAGAAGCCAUAUAAAUGUGUGGAAUGUGGAAAGAGCUUCAGUCAGAGUGGACAUCUGCGUAUCCAUCAAAGGAUCCACACAGGAGAGAAGCCACAUACAUGCGUGGAAUGUGGAAAGAGAUUCAGUCAGAGUGGAAAUCUACGCACCCAUCAAAGGACUCACACAGGGGAGAAGCCACAUACAUGCAUGGAAUGUGGAAAGAGCUUCAGUGAGAGUGGACAUCUGCGUAUCCAUCAAAGGAUGCACACAGGAGAGAAGCCACAUACAUGCAUGGAAUGUGGAAAGAGCUUCAGUGAGAGUGGAAAUCUACGCACCCAUCAAAGGACUCACACAGGAGAGAAGCCACAUACAUGCAUGGAAUGUGGAAAGAGCUUCAGUCAGAGUGGACAUCUGCGUAUCCAUCAAAGGAUGCACACAGGAGAGAAGCCACAUAAAUGCAUGGAAUGUGGAAAGAGCUUCAGUCGGAGUGGAGAUCUCCGUAACCAUCAAAGGAUGCACACAGGUGAGAGACCACAUAAAUGCAUGGAAUGUGGAAAGAGCUUCAGUCGGAGUGGAGAUCUCCAUAACCAUCAAAGGACUCACACAGGUGAGAGACCACAUAAAUGCAUGGAAUGUGGAAAGAGAUUCAGUAAGAGUGGACAUCUGCGUAUCCAUCAAAGGAUGCACACAGGAGAGAAGCCACAUACAUGCAUGGAAUGUGGAAAGAGCUUCAGUCGGAGUGGAGAUCUCCAUAACCAUCAAAGGACUCACACAGGUGAGAGACCACAUAAAUGCAUGGAAUGUGGAAAGAGAUUCAGUGAGAGUGGACAUCUGCGUAUCCAUCAAAGGACUCACACAGGGGAGAAGCCACAUAAAUGCAUGAAAUGUGGAAAGAGCUUCAGUCAGAGUGGACAUCUGCGUAUCCAUCAAAGGACUCACACAGGAGAGAAGCCACAUAAAUGCAUGAAAUGUGGAAAGAGCUUCAGUCAGAGUGGAGAUCUACGCACCCAUCAAAGGAUGCACACAGGGGAGAAGCCACAUACAUGCAUGGAAUGUGGAAAGAGCUUCAGUCAGAGUGGAGAUCUACGCACCCAUCAAAGGAUCCACACAGGAGAGAAGCCACAUACAUGCAUGGAAUGUGGAAACAGCUUCAGUCAGAGUGGACAUCUGCGUAUCCAUCAAAGGACUCACACAGGGGAGAAGCCACAUAAAUGCAUGAAAUGUGGAAAGAGCUUCAGUCAGAGUGGAGAUCUACGCACCCAUCAAAGGAUGCACACAGGGGAGAAGCCACAUACAUGCAUGGAAUGUGGAAAGAGCUUCAGUCAGAGUGGAGAUCUACGCACCCAUCAAAGGAUCCACACAGGAGAGAAGCCACAUACAUGCAUGGAAUGUGGAAACAGCUUCAGUCAGAGUGGACAUCUGCGUAUCCAUCAAAGGACUCACACAGGGGAGAAGCCACAUAAAUGCAUGGAAUGUGGAAAGAGCUUCAGUCAGAGUGGAGAUCUACGCACCCAUCAAAGGAUCCACACAGGAGAGAAGCCACAUACAUGCAUGGAAUGUGGAAACAGCUUCAGUCAGAGUGGACAUCUGCGUAUCCAUCAAAGGAUGCACACAGGAGAGAAGCCACAUAAAUGCAUGGAAUGUGGAAAGAACUUCAGGAACAGUUCGAAUCUUCGUGCCCAUCAAAAGAUUCACACAGGAGAGAAGCCACAUAAAUAGGACAAGUGCAAAGAAGCCAGAAUGUUUGUCCAAAGAACUUCUAACGACUAUGACUCAAAAGAGACAUGAACAGGAAGUGGAAGGGGAAGAAAUCACAAAAUCAUAUAACCAGAGAGUUGGAAGAGACCUCAUGGGACAUCUAGUCCAACCCCCUGCCAAGAAGCAGGAAAUUGCAUUCAAAGCACCCCGGACAGAUGGCCAUCCAGCCUCUGCUUAAAAGCCUCCAAAGAAGGUUCCACAGCUGAACUGCUCUCACAGUGAGGAACUUCUUCCUUAUGUUCAGGUGGAAUCCCCUUUCCUGUAUUUUGAAGCCAUUAUUCUGCAUCCUAGUUUGCAGAGCAGCAGAAAACAAGCUUGCUCCCUCCUCCUUAUGGGAUUUUGGCCUGCAUAAAUAGGGGCAGAGUGUCUAGAUCCAGGGAAGUCAUGGCACCCCUCUAUUCUGCCUUGGUCAGACCACUUUACCUGGAAUCACACUGUGUCUAAUUCUGGGCACUGCAAUUGAAAGGAGACGUUGAAAAGCUGGAAGGUGUCCAGAGAAGGGCGACUAAAAUGAUCAAGGGUCUGGAGAACAAGCCCCAUGGGGAGCGGCUUAAAGAGCUGGGCAUGUUUAGCCUGCAGAAGAAUAGGCUGAGAGAAGAAUGAAUAAAUGCAUGUACAAGUAUAUAUGAAAAUAUCAAUCUGGGUUUGUAAAAGGAAGACAAAUGUCACGUUUGAUAGGAAGAGUAUUAAACAAAAUAUGUGUGUCUCAAGAGAGGAAGUUAAAAGUGGGGAUACUAGCAUUAGAUAUAUUUAAUGCCUUGAUUGUGUAGCAUGGCAGAUAAUAAGUGAGAUUAUGAAUUAAUUUGGAAUGGGAAGUAGAAUAAAGGAUGAUUAGAACCAUUUUAUUUGCUAUGGUGAUAGAAUUAUGUGCAAACGCCAUCCAAAAAGGUAAGAAUGUAGAAGGUGUAGGAAUAAAGGAAAAGCAGAAGGUGAGCUUAUUUGCUGAUGACACAUUGUUAUUGAUUAAAUAUCUGGGUAGGUCAAAUGGAUAGGAGAGAGGAUCAUUGAAAGAUAUUUGGGAAAACAGUGGGUUUAUAUUAUACAAAGAAAGAAGAAAAAGACUUUAUAGAACAGAGCCAAACGGGAAUUAGAAUCAAGAACAAAUUAAUAUACCUGGGAGUAAGUAUAACAAAGGACUUAAAAGAAAUAGAAGAGGUAAAUGUAGUAGCAUUGAGAAAAAUAGUUCAAAAAAAUUAAUACACAUCUAUCUUGUUUGGAAAGACAGCAAUACUUAAAAUGAAAAUGCUUCUGAGGAUAAACUUUAUACUUACAUAUACCUUAUAUUUAUAAUGCCAUUUCAGAUUACAGAAGAAGAGUUGAAUACAUGAUUUCUUUGCAACAUUUCUACCCCACCUUUCUCCACCCCAAAGGAGACUCAUUUGGACAAAUGAUAAAUACUGUAAUGGCAGUCAAAGAAAUUGACGAAACAAGUUACAGAACAGAUCUCAAAAAGAAGAAGGAUUAGCGCUUCCUCAUAUGAAAAAAUAUUAUAAAGCAAACAGACUGAGAUUGGUUAUACAAGGAAUGAUGAAAAGGAGGAUGUAGAAUAGUUAAUAAUGGAUUCAGGAAAAGUGGAGGAAGAAAUUCGGAAUAGGUUUUAAAACAGUUUAUGAGAAAAAAAAAUAAGGUAAACUGGGAACCCAAUGUUGAGUAAUGCAUUAGAAAUAUGGAACAAAUACAGGAGAAAGUUAAUAACAGAUGGCUCAAUAAUAACCCCAAUUAUAAUGGAAAAGACAUUUCCAAAAAAUAAAAUAUAUACAUGAUGGAUAAAAAAAUUAAGGGGAAAAACUUAGAUAAAAUAGGGGAUUGGCCAAAGGUUGGAAUGAAGAAAGAAAAGAUUAGGAACAUAAAAAUUUGAAAGGAAUAUCCAGUAAAAUUUCUAAAAUAUUAAUUGAAAAAAACAAAGGAAAAGUAAAGAAUAACACCUUCAAGAAGAUUUGGAAAGAAGAUAUAGGAAUGAAAAUCAAUGAAACAGAGGGGUUACAAUUAUGGGGACAAAGACACUUGAAAAAUAUAUCCAUAUGUGUUAAAGAAAAUUAUUAUUUAGUUGAUAUGGAAAUGGUACCUCACCCCCAUAAGAAUAGGAAAUAUAAAUAAAAACUACUCAAACAAUUGCUGGAGAGGAUGCCAAGAAUCGGGAACAUACAUACAUAUGUGGUGGCUGUGUCAAUAUAGAAAUAAUUUCUGGGGAAAAGUAUUAAGAGAGAUAGAAGACACAAUGAACAUUCAAAUAGAAAGAAGUCUUAGCAUGGCUUUAUUCUCAUUAUAUAAUAAUAAACAGUUGGAAAAAGAGGACAAAGAUGCGAUAACAAACGCAUUAACAAUUGCAAGACAGCUUAUAGCAAGGAAUUGGAAAA